UAAUAAACCACAAAUGAGUUUUCCCUGUAGACAGACAGCAAAACACAAACAGUAAUGGCGGCUGCGAGCGCUGUACGGGGGACGUGAGAGACCACCGGAGCCGUGACCGAGGGGAGGUGCGGAGACUGGACCUGCCGGGCAGGGAGCGGCGUCUGCCUGAGGAGAGAAGAGGUUUACAGCCACAAUGGACGCCGACCUCAGCCCACAGGACCGAAAGGACUUGGACAAAUUUGUCAAAUUCUUUGCAUUAAAGGCAGUCCAGGUCAUCGUACAAGCUCGGCUUGGAGAUAAGAUAUGCACUCGCUCCUCUUCCUCUCCGACAGGGUCAGACUGGUUUAAUUUAGCGAUAAAAGACAUCCCCGAGGUGACUCAAGAAGCCAAGAAAGCUCUUUCAGGCCAGCUGCCAGCCGUGGGGCGCUCCAUGUGCGUGGAGAUCUCCCUGAAGACCUCAGAGGGAGACUCCAUGGAGCUUGAAGUCUGGUGUUUGGAAAUGAAUGAAAAAUGUGACCGGGACAUUAAAGUCUCCUAUACUGUAUAUAAUCGUCUGUCGUUACUACUGAAAUCAUUACUUGCUGUCACCCGGGUGACCCCAGCCUACAGGCUGUCCAGGAAGCAAGGGCAUGAAUACGUCAUUCUCUACAGGAUUUAUUUUGGAGAUGUCCAGCUCUUGGGACUUAAAGAAGGGUUCCAAGCAGUACGUGUCGGGACAGUAGGGACACCCAUUGGAACGCUCACCUUGACCUGCGCCUAUAGAACCAAUCUGGCCUUCAUGUCUACCCAGCAGUAUGAAAGGACCCAGCCCAUCAUGGGGAUUAUUAUUGAUCAUUUUGUUGACCGACCUUUCCCCAGCACCUCACACAUGCAUCCCUGCAACUACAGGGCACCCGAGGAGCCAGGAGCUGUAUACCCGUCUGUGGAGGAUUCUCAGGAUGUCUGUGCCACAUCCUUUUCUACAUCUCCUCCGUCACAGUGUGUGUUCACUCUCAGUAAGGCCCAGUGUCAGACAGCCACUCCUGUGGUUACGGACUCCCACAGGGUCCUGACGAUGGGACUGACCUUCCCUCACCAACUGUACAGCUCUCGCCUUUCUUACCAGCCAGCUGUCCUUGGAGCUGGAUCCUCAGACCUGGGCUACCCUGUGGCCUUGGCUGCUGGAGUGAGUGCUACCCUUCCACAUCAGAUGAUGGUACCAGGAAAGGAAGGGGGGUUGCCCAAUAUUACAGCCCAACCAGCACAUGGUACUCAAGCAGAUCAUGACAGAGCGGUUCUGACUUCACCAUUACAUGUAACUGGCACUGCUUCCAGCAGUGAGGAAGCGGAUAUCCCGUCUGGCAGCAGCACUGCAGGGAGGAGCUCUUCCCCCAAUAAGUCUCCUCAUAUCCUUUUCACCCGUAAAGUUGGGGCCUUUGUGGACAAACCUUCCCCUCAGGUCACUUACGCUAGCACAGAUAUACCAUUCGCAGUGUUUGCACCCAAACUAAUUGAGGUGGAGAACACCGACCCCAUGUUGGUUUGUCCCGAGACUCCAGAGGAGGUGACACCAGAUGCCCGCAGCCUGCAGAGCUCCUGCUCAAGCAGUGAAGUGCCCCAGGAUGACUUUGUUAUGGUGGACUUUCGACCGGCUUUUUCUAAAGAUGACCUUCCUAUGGACGUGGGGACUUUCUAUCGGGAAUUUCAGAACCCGCCUCAGCUGAGCAGCCUUUCUAUUGAUAUCGCUAUCCAGUCAAUGGCAGAAGACCUGGGCAGACCUCACCAGCAACUGAUUAAUACUCCUGAACAAGAUUCGCUGCCGGAAAAGUUGGCCAUGCAUGAAAAAAACAUGGAGGAGUUUGAUGCCUUUGUUGAUUCCCUGCAGUAAGAUGAGGAGAACUUAUGCUGGAGGCCACCUCCUGCAGGAUUCGGAGUGCCUCCAAUUGCCCAGUCCUGCUCUUCAAACUCAGGCCAUUAGUUUUUUUGUUGUGCCCCUACUUGUAAUUCUGAUUUCCAGAAGCACUUUGUGGACUUCUAUAAGGCAUUCUUGUAGCACAGCUGCUAACUGUACAGGACUUGC